AUGUCUACAAAUGGAACAACCCAUCUCAAUCUCAAGGACAAUUACGUCCAGAUCAUCAAUGGCAAAAGCGCACCUACACAGAAGACUCAUCAGGGUAUAAACCCUGCUACACUCGAGAAGAAGCCUGAAGUCCCCGUCGCUACUCAAGAUGAUCUGAACAACGCUGUUGAUGCAGCCAGAAAGGCGUUCAAGUCCUGGUCCAGAGUUCCCUGGAAAGAGAGAAGACAGAAGUUGUAUGCCUGGGCAGAUGCUGUCGAGGCACAGAAGAAGGAGUUUGCCGAUUUACUUAUCUCUGAGCAGGGAAAGCCUAUUCCUCAAGCUACAGGUGAAGCUGACGCCGCCAUCGCUUGGAUCCGAGGCCAAGCCAGCUUUGACCUUGCCGAAGAGGUCGUCGAGGAUAGUGAGAAUCGGAAGAUUAUCACUCGGUAUACUCCUCUUGGUGUUGUCGCUGCUAUUGUUCCUUGGAACUUUCCUCUUAUGCUUGCUGCUGCCAAGAUUGCGCCGGCGCUGGUUACUGGAAAUGUCAUCAUUGUCAAGCCUUCACCCUUCACACCUUACUGUGGUCUCAAGCUCGUCGAGUUAGCACAGAAGUUCUUCCCUCCUGGUGUUGUUCAAUCGCUCAGUGGAGACGAUAACCUUGGACCCUGGCUGACGAGCCACCCCGGUAUUGAUAAGAUUAGCUUCACUGGGUCAACACAAACUGGAAAGUUGGUUAUGCAGAGUGCUGCAAAGACACUUAAGCGUGUGACCCUUGAGCUUGGUGGUAAUGAUGCUGCUGUUGUCUUCCCUGAUGUUGACAUUGACAAGGUUGCCGAGAAGGUCUCCACCCUCGCAUUCAUGAACUCAGGCCAAAUCUGCCUCAACGUCAAACGCAUCUACGUCCACGAGUCAAUCUACGAGAAAUUCCGCGACGCAGUAGUCAAGCACGUAAAGAACUACAAACUCGGCGACGGCUCCUCCGAAGAAACCAGCCACGGCCCUGUGCAAAACGAGAUGCAGUACAACAGAGUCAAGACUUUCUUCGAAGACAUCGAGAAGCAAGGUUGGAAGGUUGCUACUGGUGGAAAGUUUGAGACUGCGCCGAAGAACGGAUAUUAUAUUACUCCUACGGUUAUUGAUAAUCCUCCUGAGGACUCGAGAAUUGUUGUCGAGGAGCCUUUCGGCCCCAUUCUUCCUAUGCUGUCAUGGAAAGACGAAGAAGAAGUCAUCGAGCGCGCCAACGAUACCCGUCUCGGUCUCGGUGCUUCAGUCUGGUCAGCUGACCUCGAUGCUGCGGAGCGAGUCGCCAAGCGUCUUGAUGCUGGAACCGUCUGGGUCAACAGUCACUUUGAGAUCACGCCUAUGGCACCGUUUGGUGGACACAAAGAAUCAGGUAUUGGUGCUGAGUGGGGUAUUAAUGGAUUGAAGGGCAUGUGUAAUGUUCAAAGUUUGUUUUUGAGCAAGGUCGCUGCUUAG